CCUCGUCUAUCCUCAAAUAUUGCAUCCCCAGUUGCGCAACGCUAGCUUUCUUCCUCUGCAAAGGACAACACCAUUCUUUUUUGUCAUUAUCUGUCCAGGAAGUAACGAUGUCAUCGCCUUCCCAUCGCCGGCAGCGAAGCUCUCAGUCGGCUACGCCUCGCCGCAAUGGCCGCCAGUCGGAAGCAAACACCGCUCGCGAGCCCUCUUCUCAACCAGGCCUUGCCUCCAGUCCAAUUUUUUUCCAGUCCUCAUCACCGGGUCGUGGAGAUAGAGAGAAUGGUACUAACCGUGAGGUCUCAUCACCACUACGCCAGAUGACCGACAGCCAGAGCACGGGCAAUGGUGGUCCCAUUCCUAGCUCGCCCCUGCAACAGAUGAGCGACACACAGUCGAUCAUGGAUGACCAGGCUACGCCUAGAGCUAACCGCAACAUAUUGAUGGGUGAAUCGUCACCAAUCAGAUACGAACCUAGCUCCAGCCCUGGUCGGUCUUUACGACAACAGUCCGAGUUAAGAAGCGAAAGCAGUGGCUUGUUUCUUGGAUCUGAAGCGCGAAGCUCCGCAUCCCACCAGCGCGGUGAUGUCAACCCAGAUGCUUUGAGGACACCGCGCGCCCCUCGAAGAAUUAUCCUCGACGACGCUGGCCGCGUUGUUCGUGACGGAUCCGAGGCUGCUUCUUUUCCCAACCGCAACACACAAACCUCAGAUGCUGACCCGGCAGCGGGCAAUGACCAAAGCUUAAUUUGGGGUACAACAGUCUCUAUCGACGAUACGUUCGCCGCUUUCAAGGACUUUCUGCGUAAUUUUACGCUCAAGUACCGCAUGUAUCGCGAUGGCAUGACUGAUGAGGAAAUUAAGGCCUCCCCAGAAGCCGAAUCAAAGCCGUACUGGGAAGCUCUUGAAAAUAUGCUUCUAUUGGGCUCUACGAGGUUGAACGUCGACCUCUCAGAUUUCAAGUUGUUCCCUCCAACCCGCAAGCUGUGGUACCAAAUGCAGGCAUAUCCACAAGAAAUUGUCCCUGUGAUGGAUCAGUCUAUCCACGAUAUGAUGGUCGAGUUAGCCAGAAACGAGUCUGCUUCCAACAAACCAUCUCAGAGUAGUGCUGGCCACGGUGCAUCGCAGAGCUCCGAACCUGCUUUUCCCAGUUCGGACAGACCAGAUGAGGCGGCUACACCUCGCCCAGCAGAUGAACCACAACCUUCACUUGAAGACCAGAUUGCCAGUUCGGUUUACAUCGUCCGACCUUUUGGUCUUGAUAAGUCAAUUAACCUUCGAGAUCUCAACCCUUCAGAUAUGGACCGUUUAAUCUGCAUCAAGGGUAUGGUGAUCCGAACGACGCCGAUUAUCCCAGAUAUGAAGGACUCUUUCUUCCGAUGCAAUGUCUGUCACCAUUCUAUCAAUGUUGGCCUCGAUCGUGGCAAAAUCCGUGAGCCAACCGAGUGCCCUCGUCAAAUUUGUGCUUCCAAGAACUCGAUGCAAAUAGUGCACAACCGCUGUUCCUUCGAGGAUAAACAAGUUAUCAAGCUGCAAGAGACACCAGAUGCUGUACCUGCCGGUCAAACGCCUCACUCUGUCUCCGUCUGCGUCUAUAACGAACUUGUUGACUUCUGCAAGGCUGGUGACCGUGUAGAGUUGACAGGUAUCUUCCGUGUCAGUCCUAUUCGUGUGAAUCCUCGUCAGCGUGCUAUUAAGAGCGUGUACAAAACCUACGUGGACGUCCUUCAUGUACAAAAAAUCGACAAGAAGAGGAUGGGAGCCGAUCCUACUACUCUUGGUGUACAAGGCGAAGACUUGGUCGACGCAGAAGCUGCUGAAGGGUUGGAUGAAACUCGUGUUAUCAGUCCUGAAGAUGAGCAGAAGAUUAGGGAGACUGCCGCGCGUGAGGAUAUUUAUGAUUUGCUUUCGCGCUCUCUCGCACCUUCAAUCUACGAGCAGGAUGAUGUUAAGAAGGGUGUUUUGCUGCAGCUCUUUGGCGGCACCAACAAGACGUUUCAAAAAGGAGGCAGCCCCAAGUACAGAGGCGACAUUAACGUGCUGCUUUGUGGCGAUCCUUCUACUGCCAAGUCGCAGCUUCUAUCAUACGUACACAAGAUCGCGCCUCGUGGUAUCUACACCAGUGGCAAGGGUUCAUCUGCAGUUGGUCUUACGGCGUAUGUCACCCGUGAUCCGGAAACUAAGCAGCUUGUUCUCGAAUCUGGUGCUCUGGUGCUCUCUGAUGGUGGUGUCUGUUGCAUUGAUGAGUUUGACAAGAUGUCCGACGCAACUCGCUCGGUUCUUCAUGAAGUCAUGGAACAGCAGACUGUGUCAGUGGCCAAGGCUGGUAUCAUCACAACUCUGAAUGCCAGAACAUCCAUCCUGGCUUCGGCCAAUCCUAUCGGCAGUCGCUACAACCCCAAUCUCUCCGUCCCUCAGAAUAUUGAUCUUCCCCCUACGCUGCUCUCUAGAUUUGAUCUUGUCUAUCUGAUGCUCGACCGUUUCGAUGAAACGGCAGAUCGUCGUCUAGCAAAGCAUUUGCUCUCCCUGUACCUGGAGGACAAACCCCAGUCAGCACCUUCUGCAACUGAUAUCCUUCCUGUCGAGUUCCUUACUAUGUACAUUUCAUAUGCCAAAUCCAACAUCCAGCCCGUUAUCUCCCGGGAGGCAGCUCAAGAGUUGGUUGACUGCUACGUUGCAAUGCGCGCCCUGGGCCAAGACGUCCGCGCGGCUGAGAAGAGAAUCACUGCCACUACAAGACAGCUUGAGAGCAUGAUCCGACUUUCUGAGGCUCACGCAAAGAUGCGCUUGUCUGAAGUCGUCACCAAGGAUGAUGUUCACGAGGCUAACCGUCUUAUCCAAAGCGCCUUGAAGACUGCUGCUACCGAUUCGCAGGGUCGUAUUGAUAUGAGUUUGUUGACCGAAGGAACCAGUGCUUUGGAUAGAAAGCGCAAGGCAGAGCUCAAGGAAGCCACCCUCCGACUUUUGGACGAGCUGACUGCAUCUGGCAAUACUGUUCGAUGGACUGAUGUGUCAAGGAAGCUCAGCGAAAGCGCCAGCGUCCCCAUUGAACAAGCUGACUUUACCGAAGCCAUGAGAGCCCUCGAAUCCGAAAAUGCAAUCACCAUCAGCGGUGAUGGUGCGAGAAGGAGUAUUCGAAGAGUUACGGCUAUUGUGUAAUGUACAUUCUAAACACGGAACAUGGCGCAAGGAGAACCGAAUUUUGUUAGCACAUGGGCGAGGUUGGGUGGGUUGAUUGACUUUGUUUAUGGGAAUUGAUUAAGAGAGUGGACAGACUGAGGCGUUUAACAGAAUGUUUGAUCAACUGCUGAAGGGUAGUUUACCUGGAGCCCUUAUAUAAACUGAAAAUAUUAAGUAAUGAAUAUUUGGUACUUUCUAUUGCUGUUAGAGAAAAUGGACAGUGGAUUACAACAAGCCCAGCAAUCAAGGCGACCAUCCAAAAUGUAAAUUCCAUGGAAGAUAAAUGCUAAAUACAAUAUAAGUUUCGCCUUGUUGAAUUAAAACUAUGGCAUAAUUUACCAAUACGUUCGCUCGCGUCCUUCAAAGGCGAAGUUGAUCGCAACUGCAACGAACAAAGAGAGACAGAGACUCGUGGGACCCCAUUUAUCAAAGUACUUUGCAGCUCUACGGUUGCGAAUAGCAUCACCGCGGUAUAAGUAGGUGCCAAGAGAGUACAUCAAGCUCAGGAGUGCAAGAAGAGUGAAGACUCCGGAGACCCAGAAGGAUGCAGGCGUAGGGUGGUCGCGGAAGUUUAAUAGUGUCAUUGCAAUGGUGCCAAUGUAGACAGAAUACUCGAGCCAGCCGAGGAAAGUUCUCUCCGCAGCAAAGAAAACCUUGGGCUCGACGCGAACAGGGACGUAAAUCUUCUUGCCUGGUGGGGCCUUGAAAGCCUUGGAGACAAUCUCACCGUCACCAAAGAGGCGGUUGUUUCUCUCACUGCGAGGUACUGGGGUUCCUUGGGAGGUGGGAAUAACCUUGCUGGCAACGGAAGCGAUGCCGUUGCCCAAAGCAUGAGUCUUAGCAGAGAAGAGGGCAGCGUAGUAAUGCCAGCCACCAAUUCUUCGGGCUUCCUCAAGCUCGUAGUUUGCAUCGUAUUCGUCAUCAGAGUCGUAAAUAGGAUAGUCUUCAUUGGCAUUUGGCCCAUCGGUGGUUUGGCCUUCAGUGUCAGCAGCGAUGGCACGUCUGGGGUUGCUUGGCUCGCCAUUACGACCUGCGCGAGUAGGAGGAGCAAUAUCAUCGUCCGAAUCAAAAUCUUCGUCGUCGUCGUCGGACGUGUUAGUCCCCGAAAGCCCAGGUCUCUGGAUACCAAAGUCAUGGGUAGCAGGCUUGCGAAUAUCAAUAUCCAUCUGGGGCAUCCAGAAAGGGAGCAAGUUGAUACGGCUAGGAAACAGAACAGCAGUGCCGUGUAUAAACUUGGAGAACUUGGGGACAGCCUCUACGAGGUGGGAAGAGAUGAGCUGGCGUACCCACUCAGGAGGCUCCUGUCCCAUCUGCGUCUGAAGCUUUACUUCCAGAACAGCAUAAGGGAAGCGUACAAUAUCUUCACUGGGAAGUUGUGAGAAAGGAUAGUCGAUACCAAUAUCCAUACGGCGCCAGUUGUCUCCGGUACGCUUACGUCCGUCCAAGUUAUCUUCGCGGACCAUGGUAAGCUCGGUAUCAAGAGAAAUUCGGACACGGGCAUCAGCUGGGAGCUGGAAAGCUGUUCGGUUGUAGAAGGAUCGGCAGACAGGUUUGUAGCCCUUUUUCAAGACAGAGUACUGAAUCUCCGAAGCAAGUCGCUCAUCUUCGGCAAUAGCCUUUUCUGAUUUCUUGCCUUCUUUGCGAGCUUUUUCGAAGAUGGCGGCGGGCAGAAGCUCGCCCUUGAGAUAGCUGUUGACAUUCUUCUCUUUCAUAGCAAAACGAGCCUUGACAGAUUUUUCACCGGUCCAAUCUUCACGGUGAGUCUUCCGCUCAACAAAAAUAGUCUCGCUCUGCAUACCGCCGUACCAGCGAAGACGGAUAGCCUCCGCGCCUUCUGUCUUCUUCAAGCGGCCCUCAUACAGAUCCCACUGGUCGGGGUUGUCGUAGUAAAUAGAUGUAAUGGCGGAAUCCUGAGGAUCGAACUCCUUGCCCGCAUUAAAUACAAGGACAGGCAAGUGCUUCAGGAUGAUGAGCUUAAGCUCAGUGACAUUGUCAGGAUGGACCCAGUACUUGGUAGUCUGACGGACGAAGCUAGCUUGGCUACCGCCAGCAGCACUGUCGCCUUUGACUGGGUUACCACGAGUGCGUACAAGAUCGUAAAGCUUGGACAAGUUGAUGACAGAGCUGUCGUAAUUUUCUUUGUAAAAGGGCUUGGCCUUGAGUCUCGUUUCGAAAGCAGGGCGGAGAUACCAUCCGGUCAUUUUCUAAGAAAGUG